AUGACGGAGCUUACUCUUUAUUCGGAUAAAUAUAUAAUAGUCACAUCAAAUAAUUUAACCAUUAAAGAUUAUUAUUUUCCAUUUGGUAUCUCGUUUACUAUUCCAUUAACAGAAAUCAUUUCAGUUGAUACCGCAGAAGAGUUGUCUCUUGGAUUUUGGGCAAUUAAAGGUUGGGGCAUGGCAUUUUCAAAUAUCUGGUUUGCCUUUGACCUUAAGCGCCAUUUUAUUUCUAAAUCAAAAAUUGGUGUUGUUAAAGUGCAAAAUCAUGGGAUCAGAAAAGGAUUUUCUGUGGAAGAUGACAUGGGUAUAGAUACUUUAAAAACAGCUUGGAGGGAUGCAAAUAAUUAA